CGGAAGUGACGUAACUAGAAAAGCAGACAUCGCGGACGCAAAGACAAAAAUAGCAAAAACAAACCUGUGUCUGUGCUGGAUCUCUCAGCGGGCAGCUUCAUGUGCCAGGGAGUGCCAUGGAGCUGAAGGUGUGGGUGGAGGGUGGUCCACAAAGGGUGGUGUGUGGUGUCACCGAAGCCACCACUUGUGAGGAUGUCGUCUACGCCCUGGCACACGCUACAGCACAGUCCGGACGCUUUGCCCUGGUGGAGCGUUGGGGCCACACAGAACGAUCCCUGGCCCCUUCGGACCGACCCCUGAGACUUUUAGCACGUAGGGGAGACGUGCGCUUCUUGCUGCGACGCUGCCCACCACGAAAGACUGAACAUAUCACACGCAAACCUACAGAUGGGAGGCCUCUGCGACCUCCCCCCUACGAUGAAGCAGUCACUCGGUCUGGACAGCGCUAUCAGCCUAGUCACAAAGAGUCCCCUGGUGACUCCCCAACGUCCAAGCGUAGACUAGUGGAAGGAUCCCCUCAGCAACAGUACAGAGACCUUGUGCGUUUGGUGAGCCUUCAGAGAGAGCGAUUACGUUCUCAACAGGAAGAGCUCACACACUGUGACUCUGAACUAUCGUACUGGGAGGCGCGUCUGGGAACUCGAGAGGAAUUGUCACGUCUGGAGCGUCUCUAUCAGGGAGGACGGUCGGAGAUGGAACGGCUACAGGGAGACGGAGAGGAAGCACUCUGCUCAGAGCUCACCCUGGCACGUUCUCAACUGGCACACUGUGAGGCAAGGCUCUUGCACUGCCAACAGAGGCUAAGACAGCUCUGCCAAGAGGUUGCAGAGGAAAAGCGCAGAGAGGAGGACGCUGUCUUGGAAGAGAGGAAGCUUCUCCUGCAGCGUCUGAGCCAAGAAUUGAGGGAAGCCAACCUCCUGGCCCUGUCUCUGGCUGACGCAGAGCACAAACACUGGCUCGAGUCUACAGGAGGCUUCUCCAAUCGGCCGGGAAGCACGAGGAAGAUAAUGGGAUCCCCACGGCAGUUGGAAAAUGCUGUCCCAACCAACAAGAAUCCCAAUGGUGUAUGGGUUUGAACCCACAAAUAGCUGAUAGUUAUUUAUUUCAUGGUUGAGUUCCACAAUAAAAUAUUGUUACUGCUUGCA